AUGGUGAUUCCACCUUUGCCAGAUGACACAAUAAUUGAUAUUCUGGAAUAUCUUCAAGAUGACCGAGGAUCUUUAUAUAAUUGCCUUUUUAUAAACCAUUUUUGGUGUCAACGAGUUGUUCGCUUGCUUUGGAGGCAACCUUUUUAUAUUCCAAUCGAACGAUAUUCAAGUUUAUUAAGUACUUAUCUCUUAUGUCUCAACCAUGAAGAACAAAGAUCUUUGAUUCCAUUUAAUAUUAAUUUGCAGAACUAUAAACGACCAAUGUUCUUAUAUUCAAGUUACUUGGCUGAAUUAGAUUCUUUUUUCAUUGAUAGAGCUAUAGUCUAUUUCCUCUACAAAGAAGAAUCUCCAAAAUAUCUUAUUCACGCCACUGAAGGUGUAAAUUUUAUAUAUGGUCAUAGUCAAACUGAGGAUUAUUAUAGAAUUCGUCAAUUAACAAGUACUUUCUGGCGUAUGUUGAUGCGUAGUUGUGUAAAAGUUAAUUAUCUAGGACUAGGUUCUGUAGGUCGCGAAAAUGUACAUUAUGCUGAUGUUCCUGAUAACGCUCAAAUUUUUUUGAAUUCAUGUUCUACAUUUUCUCAUAUAAGAAAAUUAUAUUUAAAUCCUCUCAUGUCGAAAAAUUCUAUAGCUUUUUUAAAAUACAUUCCUUCAAUAUGUUCCAACAUUCGUAAAUUAGUAUUUCAUGAGCUUAAACCUCAUGUAAGUGAUUAUCCACAAAUAAUAAUUAAUAUUAUUAAAGCUCAACCAAAAAUUGAUGACCUUGAUUUCUUAUCUUUCAAAAAAUACGGUGGAAUAAUUAUUUCUGAAUUAACCUCUCUUAAUUUAGAAUGCCUAAAUUCAUUAAAAUUUUCCAAUUUUUACUUUUCAGAAUCCCCAUUAAAUUUAUUUUCUAAUUUUAGAUUAUUAAAAAAGUUAGAGCUUAUCAAAUGUGAUAAUUUAGAACUAGUAGAUUUUAAUUAUUUACCUCUCAAACCUUUCUCCAUUAAUGAGUUAAUUUUGGGUUAUAAUAAUUGGGAUAAAGAUAUUGAUGCUAAAUUGAUUUCGAAAAUUGGUGUUAACCUUAAAACUUUCUCUACUGGUUCUUUAACAACUUCUCAAAUAAUUCGAACGAUUAAGAAUAAUUGCCCUAAUAUUAUCAAUAUUGAAUUUUCAAUAGAUUCUUCUCGAGUAGAAUUUAAUAUCAUUUCAGCAUGUCUCUCCAAGAUGAAAGUUUUAGAAUCUCUUUAUAUACAUGUCUUGUCUGAUGUUGAAGGUUAUAAUUUUCAAUUAUUUGGUGAAAAUCUUCCUCAUUCAUUACGUUCUUUUAAAUUCGGUUAUACUUACAACUCUGCUAAAAUUUUAAAUGAUUUCUUGAUGAAUUGUAAUGUUCCAUUAGAAUCUCUUUACAUUUCUUUUCAUAAUAUUAGUUUAAAUCAUCUUGAUUGUUUAGUUAGAUUUGCAAAUAGGUGUACUACUCUAAGGAAGGUGGGCUUGGAAGAUUUUCAAGAUCAAUCACAUUGUCAUCAUGAGAAAUUGGAUAUUAUUGAUAAAUUGCGACGGCUGAAUAUAAAAAUUGUACCAUUUUAUUAA